AGUGGCUGAAUAAGUAUGAGUUACUCCAGUGAUAUGUAUAGCAGCAGUUCCUAUCGGAAGAUUUUCGGCGAUGCUCCUCGUGCCGGCCGUGCAGGGAUGGGCAGCAGCAGCCCGUCCCGCGUGCACUCCUCGGGGUACCGCAGCCGCAUCUACGGCGCCCCCACGGUGAUCUCAUCCAGCAGCUACCGCAGGACCGCCGCACCCGGUCGCGUCUUCUCCUCCUCCGUGCAGGACUCCAUGAUGGACUUCAGCCAGUCCACAGCGGUCACUAAUGAGCUUAAGAUCGUCCGAACGAACGAGAAGGAACAACUGCAGGGGCUCAACGACCGCUUCGUGUCCUUCAUUGAGAAGGUGCACAACCUGGAGCAACAGAACAAAGUUCUCGAGGCGGAGGUGACGUUGCUGCGGCAACGCCACAACGAGCCAUCGCGCCUCCACGAGCUCUACGAGCAGGAGAUCCGCGAGCUCCGCGCGCGCGUCGAGGAGCUGACCCACGAGAAGAGCCAGAUGCACCUGGACUGCGUGCAGAUGAAUGAGGCUCUCGAGCGCCUGCGGGAGAAGCUCGAGGAAGAGACCCGGCUGCGGGAGGAGGCGGAGAACACCUUGAAGGGCUACCGCAAGGACGUGGACGACGCCACCUUGGCGCGCCUGGAGCUCGAGAAGAAAGUGGAGUCACUCCUGGAUGAGAUCGCCUUCCUCAGGAAAGUUCAUGAGGAGGAGCUGCAAGACAUGCAGUCAUCCCUGCAGGCCACGCAGGUGUCAGUGGAGAUGGACAUGAGCAAACCGGACCUGGCGGCAGCCCUGAAGGACAUCAGGGCCCAAUAUGAGAACCUGUCAUGCAGGAACCAGGCCCAGGCAGAGGAAUGGUAUCGUUCCAAGUUUGCGACGGUGACCGAGGCCGCAGCUCGCAACCAGGAUGCCAUCAAGCACUCCAAGGAGGAGCUGACCGAGUAUCGCAGGCAGGUGCAAGCCCGCAGCCUGGAGAUUGAGGCCCUCAGGGGCCACAAUGAGGCCCUGGAGCGGCAGAUUGCUGAGAUGGAGGAUCGCCAUAACAAUGAAAUUGGUGACAUGCAGGACACCAUCCAGCAGCUGGAGGCUGCACUGCGCAGCACCAAAGGAGAAAUGUCCCGUCACCUGCGGGAAUAUCAGGAUCUGCUCAAUGUCAAAAUGGCACUUGACAUUGAAAUAGCUGCUUACAGGAAACUGCUGGAAGGCGAGGAGUGCCGCCUCAGCUCCGUCGGUGGUGCCAUGGUGCAGUCCGGCUACCCCGGCUUCUCCUAUAUGUCUUCCUCCCGCACCUACUCCCUGGGAAGCUACAGGAAGUCCAAGCCAGAGGAAGAGGAAGAGGAGGGAGAAGAAGAGGACAAGGAGGAUGAAGACGAGGAGAACGAGGAAGAGGGAGAGGAUGAAGAUGAGGGAGAUGACCAGGAGUCAGGUGAUGCUGAGGAGGAGAAGUCAGAAAAAGAUGGUGGAACAGACAGCGACACCAAAAUGGACUCAGGGGACAUGGGGGUUCCUGAGGUACCAGUGCCACCUGAUGACACACCAGAAGUGUUGAAUAAAGCCUUGUCCGGACUGUCCUCAAGAUGGAAAAACUGGUGGGUUCGAGGGAUCCUUACACUCGCCAUGAUUUCCUUCUUCUUCUUCAUCAUCUACCUAGGCCCCAUGGUGCUAAUGAUGAUUGUCCUGUGUGUUCAGAUCAAAUGCUUCCAGGAAAUCAUCACCAUUGGUUACAGCGUUUAUCACUCGUAUCAUCUGCCGUGGUUCAGGACACUGAGUUGGUACUUCCUGCUCUGCGUUAAUUACUUCUUCUAUGGUGAGACCGUCACAGAUUACUUCUUCACACUUGUGCAAAGGGAAGAGCCACUUCGCAUCCUCAGCAAAUAUCACCGCUUUAUAUCUUUUGCCCUCUACCUCACAGGUUUCUGCAUGUUUGUGCUGAGUUUGGUAAAGAAGCACUACCGCCUUCAGUUCUACAUGUUUGGGUGGACUCACGUGACUUUGCUGAUUGUAGUGACGCAGUCUCACCUCAUCAUUCACAACUUGUUUGAAGGGAUGAUCUGGUUUAUUGUUCCAAUAUCCUGUGUGAUCUGUAAUGAUAUUAUGGCCUACAUGUUUGGGUUCUUCUUUGGCCGCACCCCUCUCAUUAAGCUGUCACCAAAGAAGACGUGGGAGGGAUUCAUUGGUGGAUUCUUCGCUACCAUUUUGUUUGGCAUCAUGCUCUCCUAUGUGAUGGCUGGCUACCGCUACUUUGUAUGUCCAGUUGAGUUCAACAACGAUUCCAACAGUUUCCAAGUAGACUGCGAGCCGCCGGAGCUUUUCCAGCUUCAGGACUACACCCUUCCGAGCAUCCUGGAGUCUGUCACUGGAUGGACCACAGUUCGUCUCUAUCCAUUCCAGAUUCACAGCAUCGCUCUGUCCACUUUUGCCUCCAUUGUCGGACCCUUUGGUGGCUUCUUUGCCAGCGGCUUUAAGAGGGCCUUUAAGAUAAAGGAUUUUGCCAACACUAUUCCAGGACACGGUGGCAUAAUGGACCGAUUCGACUGCCAGUACCUCAUGGCCACAUUUGUCAAUGUCUACAUUGCUAGUUUUAUCAGGGGCCCCAACCCUACCAAGGUGAUUCAGCAGCUUCUGGCCCUUCGUGCCGACCAGCAGCUCUUCAUCUUCAGUUCUCUGAAGGCUCACCUAACAGAGAAGGGCUUACUUUCCGCGGUGGAGGAGGCGGCCGCCUAGAGUGUUGGUUUGCGGCAAAGGGAGGCAUCCGGAGGCGGUCCUGCUGUGGGAGACUCACAGUGCUUUUCUGUGAGCAUAAAAAAAGGAAAAUCAAAAAAGAGAAAAAGUCGCCUUGGGGGUCAUUCCAUUUCAUUUGGGUAUGAGUUACGUGCGCUUCCAUGCUGUACGCGAAUCACAGCACAUGAGUAUUUCUAGGUUCAAGUACUGACCACCUUUCCAUUUAAGCCUUUCAGUCUGUCUGUUCUACUUUUGCACCUAUACACGAUACUCUCUAUUUACCCUAAUUUUGUGUGGGUAUUUUACUGUUUAUUUUUUUAAUGCACUGCUUUCAAAUGUGCAACUCACUGUAUUGUUACCCUUCCUGAUGAGUUGUUUUGGAGUGAUAUAGUUAUUUAUAGUUUUUUUUAAUAUAGCAGUCCUGUUGAACUACACUGAAAAGAAAAAUGGUGUGUUGAAUUUACACAAUUUUAUUUUGGUGGUUGCACAAAAUAAAAUCAUCCAGAUAUAUUUCCUUCUCCUUCCACUCAGUCCCUUUGAACGUGUAAACACCUGAGAAAUCUCAGUUAAUAAUAGAUUAUUAUUUUACUUUUCUUGCUCACAAAUUUUAAUAUUUCAUAUAAAAUAUAUUUAGGUUGAAAAGGUUAUGUGUUUAAAAACUAUAUCGGAAUCCACAUAUUUUUAUUUUGUGCAACCACUUGACCACAUAAAAUUGUGUAAAUUAGAGGAAAACUUUUUGUGGAGUACAAACCCCAAUUCCAAUGAAGUCUACUUGUUCAAAAUGUAAAUAAAAACAAAAUACAAUGAUUUGCAAAUAAAUUUCACCCUAUUUUGAGCAUGAGCCCAUCUUUGGGUGUUGUUAGACAACCAUGCUGGUUUUGAAUGUGGUGCCACCUGAGCGGCUGAAGUUCACAAUGUUGCUUUUCGGCCUUGCUGCUUACGUACGGAGAUUUGUCAGAACUGUUGGCCUAUUUGCUCACACAGUUUUGAGCAUCUGACCCUUUUGGUAUUGUAAAAAAAAUAUAUACAUAUUAUUCAUAUAGUUUAUUAUUAAACAUCAAAUAUGUUGCUUUUGAAGUAUAUACAAUUGAAUAUAACAUUUAAAAAAUGAUUUGCAAAUCAUUGUAUUCGUUUUAUCCCCCAACUUCAUCGGAAACUAUAUUAACCGGAUGAACGCAACCAUCUUGUUUUUUGGUUUUUUUUGUUACACAUUCAAGGUUUGUUGUGCUGGUUAUUUUAUCUGUGAAGUCAACAUGAUGUUACACUUACUGCCACAUGUAAUACUGAUGAUUCCUCACAAUGACACAAAAGGAACAUUCUCUGUGUCUUUUCAUCACUGCCAUUGGCUGCUUUUGCCUGUUACGAGCAAUUUGCUGCGAACUCCAGCGCAGAUAUCGAGAACUUGACACUAGUGAAGGUUUUCAUCAACUUUUAAUCGGUGCGAUACACAAGGAGUCAAGGUUCAUGACCAUUCAAUAAAAGCUGAACGGUGAAAGAAUUAUGUUGAACGUUAAAACUGAGUAUUAUUUUACAGUUUUAAACAUUCCCCCACAGUUUUAUAUGUUGGGGUUCUUACUGCCACUCUAAUUAUGUUUGCGGAAAAAUAGAAUAAUUUUAUACUUGCUAUCUUUCUGAGAUUUGACCAUUGAUAAAGCAUUGUGCCGAAUAACUCAAAAAAUACAAUCUAAUUGGACACAGUUAAAGUCACAAACCUAGUAUGGUACUCAGUUUAGGUCAUUUGAUUCAUCCAGCAAAAAGUUAUAUAAAGUAAUUGUGUUUAUAAUACUUUAUUGAUCUUUAGAGAGGUUCUGUACAUAAGUGUGGGUUAAGGUCCACAAGUGGAUUUCACAUUAUAUCAGACCAUCUCAUAUAUUAAUGUAGAUGGUAGUGAGUUGUGUUCAGGCUUUAAUGACAUUCCAUGUCAAAGUAAUGAAUCAGUGGUGGUGCAGCAAUUGACAGGCAAUGUUCAACAUGAUCAUGUUCAUCGAUGAAGCUGAAGAUGAACCUUUCCAGUUCUUAUCACACUCAAUUAUGUUUGUCUAUUUAUUCUCGACAUGCUGUGUUUAAGAACACUUGCUGAGGUAGACUUAUGCUGAAUCGGUUUAUUCACUUUGUACCAGAUAGAAAUGUAGCAGGAACAUGCAGGUCACUUUUUAGUCCCGUUUUCCUUAUGCCACUCAAUGACCAUCUCAUUGUGCAGUCAAUCUUUUCAGCACAUGACCCAGACAAAAAUAAUAAUCAGUCACAUCCUUAAUGUGAUGUUCUCCAAACAUGUUUGUAUUUCAAAGACAUGCUUUAAAUUCAGGCUCAAGUAUUUUAUUUCUCUUGUGAUACAUUGAAACUAGGCAGGAUAAAUAUUUUUUAGUUCUUGAAAUGUAAGUCAGUAAUGAGACAUGUCAUUCAUAAUUUCCAUUGGACAACCACCUAUCUGUAAAUGUAAGUUAAUCCAUAAAGUAUUUAUUUGCGCAAAUCAGCUCACCUCAAAAUUAUAUUAUCCCUAUAAGAUUUUAAAGCUAUUUUUGGUGUGCUUUAGUAUUUUGUAAGGGAAUAUUUCAAGCUGUUCUUUACUUAAGGAAUGGAUAUUGCGAUAGCAGAGAAGCUGGCUUUCUUGCGAUGAGCUGUUUGUUGACUUGGCUCUUCUGUGCUCUUGUUGUUGCAAUGCAGUUAGAAACUACAUAAAUACUACUGAUGUGUCCUUUCAUCGGUACUUUAAGAUUAUAGUUACUAUUUAUUAUUAGUAGUCCUGUACAACAUUUGUGUCUCUGUAAUGUUUUUUUUUCUCAAGCUCUGUCUUUGUUAGAGGCGGCCACUAGAGGGAGAAAGGACUUAAGUGCCGAAGUUUAGAAGAACCAUUUGACUAAACAAUGACAAUUAAAUAGUUAUACAGACUUAUAAAGACUUUAAUAUAACUAGAUCCCAUUAGGAUAAAUUAUUCGUGUGGCAUCAAAAAGCCAUUGUGGACCAUAAUAAUCAUUCUGCCAAACAGGACCUUUUCAAGAAUGUAUUAAAAGAGGUGCAACAUUUUUUAACCUCAGUUUGUUCACUCGCCUUUGAGGAAAUUCUAUUUUGUGGUUCUCCUAUAAAUCAGUUAUCAGAGUUAUAUUACUCUUAGAUGGUGGGGUGCUUUGUGUUGUAUAUUUGUCUAUAGAAAGAAAUGUACUCUUUAUGCUAAAAUGUACUUUCCCUUGUCGGAAAAUAAAGAGAAACAAAAACUA